GGGGAGGAAGAGGAGAAAGGCGCAGGGGUGGGAGCUGUUGCCGAAGCUGCCACAGCCAAAGUUCUCCCCCCUCCCCCCUUCCCCUCCUCUCCAGGCCCCGUAGGAAGGUGGGAGCUGCCGUCGGCUGCCGUUGGUGACCGCGCGACUCGGCGCCCGUCUGCCCGUCCGCCCGGCGGCCCGCGGACAGGGGAGGAAUCAACAGCGUCGAACUUUCAACUAAGUUAUCUGGCGGGAUGGGCAUUUGCCUGACAUAUUUUAUAGAGGAACUGAAAGUCAUAAUUGGUUGAAGUGGUAUAAAGGUUUUCGAAGCCUAUGAAAGGUAGAAACUCAACCAUGGUUUCUUGCUCAACUCUACAGCUUUCCCUUCCUUGAAGUCUUCAUUUUUACCCUAGGCUCAGGCAGUUAUACUUAAGCAUGAACAUUGACGACAAACUGGAAGGAUUAUUUCUUAAAUGUGGCGGCAUAGACGAAAUGCAGUCUUCCAGGGCAAUGGUUGUAAUGGGUGGAGUGUCUGGCCAAUCUACCGUGUCUGGAGAACUGCAAGAGUCAGUACUUCAAGAUCGAAGUCUGCCUCACCAGGAGAUCCUUGCUGCAGAAGAAGUGUUACAAGAAAGUGAGAUGAGACAGCAGGAUAUGAUAUCACAUGAUGAACUCAUGGUCCAUGAGGAGACAGUGAAAAAUGAUGAAGAGCAGAUGGAAACACAUGAAAGACUUCCUCAAGGACUACAGUAUGCACUUAAUGUCCCUAUAAGUGUAAAACAGGAAAUUACUUUUACUGAUGUAUCUGAGCAACUGAUGAGAGACAAAAAAAUCAGAGAGCCAGUAGACUUACAGAAAAAGAAGAAGCGGAAACAACGUUCUCCUGCAAAAAUCCUUACAAUUAAUGAGGAUGGAUCACUUGGUUUGAAAACCCCUAAAUCUCAUGUUUGUGAGCACUGCAAUGCUGCCUUUAGAACGAACUAUCACUUACAGAGACAUGUCUUCAUUCAUACAGGUGAAAAACCAUUUCAAUGUAGUCAAUGUGACAUGCGUUUCAUACAGAAGUACCUGCUGCAGAGACAUGAGAAGAUCCAUACUGGUGAAAAACCAUUUCGCUGUGAUGAAUGUGGUAUGAGAUUCAUACAAAAAUAUCAUAUGGAAAGGCAUAAGAGAACUCAUAGUGGAGAGAAACCUUACCAGUGUGAAUACUGUUUACAGUAUUUUUCCAGAACAGAUCGUGUGUUGAAACAUAAACGUAUGUGCCAUGAAAAUCAUGACAAAAAACUUAACAGAUGUGCCAUCAAAGGUGGCCUUCUGACAUCUGAGGAGGAUUCUGGCUUUUCUACAUCACCAAAAGAUAACUCACUGCCAAAAAAGAAAAGGCAGAAAACUGAAAAGAAGUCAUCUGGAAUGGACAAAGAUAAUGCUUUGGACAAAUCUGACCUGAAGAAAGACAAAAACGAUUAUUUGCCUCUUUAUUCUUCAAGUACUAAGGUAAAAGAUGAGUACAUGGUAGCAGAGUAUGCUGUUGAAAUGCCACAUUCUUCAGUUGGAGGAUCGCAUUUAGAAGAUGCAUCAGGAGAAAUACAUCCACCAAAGUUGGUUCUCAAAAAAAUUAAUAGCAAGAGAAGUCUAAAACAGCCACUAGAGCAAAAUCAAACAAUUUCACCUUUGUCCACAUAUGAAGAGAGCAAAGUUUCAAAGUAUGCAUUUGAACUUGUGGAUAAACAAGCUCUGCUAGACUCAGAAGGCAAUGCUGACAUUGACCAGGUAGAUACCUUGCAGGAGGGGCCCAGUAAACCUGUGCAUAGCAGCACUAAUUACGAUGAUGCCAUGCAGUUUUUGAAGAAGAAGCGGUAUCUUCAAGCAGCAAGUAACAAUAGCAGGGAAUAUGCUCUGAACGUGGGUACUAUAGCUUCCCAGCCUUCUGUAACACAAGCAGCAGUGGCAAGUGUCAUUGAUGAAAGCACCACAGCAUCCAUAUUAGAUUCACAGGCUCUGAAUGUGGAGAUUAAAAGUAAUCAUGACAAAAAUGUUAUUCCAGAUGAGGUAUUGCAGACUCUAUUGGAUCAUUAUUCCCAUAAAGCUAAUGGACAACAUGAGAUUUCCUUCAGUGUUGCAGACACUGAAGUGACUUCUAGCAUAUCAAUUAAUUCGUCAGAAGUACCUGAGGUUACCCAGUCAGAGAAUGUUGGAUCAAGCUCCCAAGCAUCCUCAUCAGACAAAGCCAACAUGUUGCAGGAAUACUCAAAGUUUCUGCAGCAGGCUUUGGACAGAACUAGCCAAAAUGAUGCCUAUUUGAAUAGCCCAAGCCUUAACUUUGUGACUGAUAACCAGACCCUUCCAAAUCAGCCAGCAUUCUCUUCCAUAGACAAACAAGUCUAUGCAGCCAUGCCCAUCAAUAGCUUUCGAUCAGGAAUGAAUUCUCCACUAAGAACAACUCCAGAUAAGUCCCACUUUGGACUAAUAGUUGGUGAUUCACAGCACUCAUUUCCCUUUUCAGGUGAUGAGACAAACCAUGCUUCUGCCACAUCAACACAGGACUUUUUGGAUCAGGUGACUUCUCAGAAGAAAGCUGAGGCUCAGCCUGUCCAUCAAGCUUACCAAAUGAGCUCCUUUGAACAGCCUUUCCGUGCUCCAUAUCAUGGAUCCAGAGCCGGAAUAGCUACUCAAUUUAGCACUGCCAAUGGACAGGUGAACCUUCGGGGACCAGGGACAAGUGCUGAAUUUUCAGAAUUUCCCUUGGUGAAUGUAAAUGAUAAUAGAGCUGGGAUGACAUCUUCACCGGAUGCCACAACUGGCCAGACUUUUGGCUAAAAAAGAAAAAAAAAAGUGUAAAUAAUACUGGCACUUUAGAACAGAUUAAUCAAGAGUGGGGUUACUCUGUGUAAAAUGGAGUGCUGUACAGAGUUAAGAGCAAUGCGUUAAUAAUAAGUUAAGUUGAUAUGAAUAGCAAGAUAAUCCAAUAACUGCAUUUUGUUUGGUUAGUCAGCAUUUUUUGAACUGCCUUACAUGUCACCUUUAUAGAAGCAAUGCAUUAUUUGUUUUAGAUCAGAAACUUGCUAUUCCACCUACACCAAGUUCAAAAGGAAAAAAAAGAGACUCACACAAUUGUUUCCUAACUGAUAACAUUGUACAUUCUUAGGAGAUUAGUAAUUGUGUGAAAUUUACUCAUACUUGUUUUUAAGUUUUUCAGCCUAGUCAUUGCACUUCAGCAGGGAAUCUGAGUAUACUUUACCGACAGAGUGAACUUAAAAGUUUAAAUGUCAAGAGAGUAUGGCUUAAAUAAACUAGUUUGUCCUCUGGGGGGAAAGAAACCACCUUUUAAAAAGAAUGAUUUGCCAUAUACCCUUGAUUUUCAUUUUGCAUUAUAUUGACGUGUUUUUUUUUAAGAAAAAAAAAGUAAUAAAAACCUGAUAGUCUAAGACUCCACUAUUUAAAAGCCUAAUUACUUCUAAAAUAUGCAUACUUUCAGAACUUCUACCAAAACACACAACUGUUAAAGCAUUCACUUCUCUAUGAAAGUAUGUAUAUUAGUGUCAGUUUCUUUGUACAGUUGUACCUAGAUAUUUUUUAUGAUUUUUCAUGUGCAAGUAUCAAGAUUUCGAAGGUUUAGUAAAAAAUAUUCUGUAGAUUACAUUCCCAAGAACAUAAUGCUUACACAAAUGUAUAUUCCAUGUUUUAAAGCUCAAUUGUAUUUUACUUUACAUAUACACUUCAGUUAACAUAGAGCACUUAGAAUCUAUUUGGUAUUUUUGAUCUCUCAAGGUAAAAAAAAAAUUAGAUUUUUAGGUUUGAAAUGGUUGUGUCAUAAUCAUCUCAUGGUUGACUAUUUUAAUUUUUGGCAAUAAAAAGAAAUUGGGGUAUCUUUGAAACUGUUAAACAUGGUUUAAUCCUUCUCUUUCUAGACUCUCGAUAGAUGGGAUAACUAAGCUAUCCUAAAAACUAAAGAAGUGGGCAUUUUAAUUGCUUAUUUUAUUUUGAGUUACUUUUUAAUGAACACUGCUCAUUACAGUUUUACAAACCAAAAGUGUUUACUAAUUCCAGUAACUACAAUUUCUUUUUCAGCUAGAUGAGUGAUCGGAAAUUUUUGUUGCAUUUCAAAAUCUAAAUAAACUACAGCCUUUAUCCUUAUAUCACGAAUGUUUUUUUUUAUAUUUUGUCUUAAAAUAAUACAGCAUGGUACAAUAAAUAGUGCUUUUAAUAUAUAUAUACAUAUAUACUUUUCUGAAAAGCCAUGGUUUGAGUUAUACAUUGGAGAGUUUUGAUCUUUAAAGAGUAACAUUAGUUAUAUUAAUUCUAACCAUUUGGUUUUUGUCUUUUAAAUUUCUGCCAUCUUUAUCACAGUGCGCACUUAGUGAUAAAUCUAGUACCCUUGGAAGAUGACUUUUACUUUGUUAAUUUUUCAUUUUAACCUUUAUACUGGCCCUGUUGGUCUUCAUUCUUCCUUUCAGUGUAGACUGUUAUGCAUUUAAAUUAUUAUUUCUCUUAUUUAAUGUUAUCCCAAGGUUGUUCUCAAGAAAGGGAACAAAGGAACAUCCUUCUGCUUCACAUCAUUUAUUUUGCAUAUAUUGAUGUUUUUAUGAUAAGGAAUAUAAAUUAUGUUUAAUGUGGUUUCCUAUACCUUUAUCAUUAAGCUUCUCUUGAAAUACUAGUUUUUGCAGUUGAUGGCUUUGUUGGCUGUCAAAGUUUUCAAGAAUUUUAGACUUCUUUGAAGUAAAUAUUUAAGUUCUGCCAUUAUUGAUCUUAAGGUUGAUAUGUGUUGUACAUCACAUAAUUGCAGGAAGACUUCGUUCAAGUGAGGUGUUAAAAAUGGAACUGUGCUCUCCCUAGAUAGGGAUUUGUAUUUUCCUCAGAGUACUUUUGAUAAGCAUAGGCAUUUAUUUCCUGAGUUGAGCCUUAUCAAAAACUAUGUUCUGUUGAAAACUUGAUGCAGUUCUUGGUAAAGUGUAAAGCUUUCUGUUUACUAUCACCAGCACAGUUUUAAGAAAGUGACUGUUGCCAAGCAGUUUGGGUAAGCUUAGGAAGGAAGGCCUUUAAAAAUGGGAGUAUGCAAACAGAAUUUCAGGUGUCGCAUUCCUGUCUUAAACACAUUUCUUUAAAUCUGUAUAAUGGCAGACUUUCCUACCAGGUUAUAAGCAUUUUUUAGAUAACUGAUACUUAGCCAGCAUAACUUAUUGACGUACCAUUUAAAUAUAGUCAUCACUCCUACUGUGAAAUUUUAAAUGCCUACCUGAGUUACCUUGUAUUAUCAUCAUGAUAAAAUCACAACAGUUUGGGUUUCCCCACUUUGGUUCAGAAAGUUAUUUUAAUAUCUUUUUGGGCAUUAGUAGAGAAAAUAAGUAGCCUUGUGCUUUUAGUUGAAACAUGGAGGAUAUGAGAUAUCCUUUGCAGUCCAUGUUUCUCAUUUCUCUCAGUGAGCAAAUUGCUCUAUAAUAUAGUGUGCUCUUGCACCCUUAAACCUUUGUUUUGAGUGUGAGUGAGGUGUGCUUUUUUCACUUGGGUCCUUGCUUUUGUGUUUGAAGAUGGGAAGCAAUCACUUCAGAUGAAGUAGUAUCUCUCAAACAUCAUCUCAAAGGUGUUGGGGGCAGUUCACUUAAACUCUUACAUUACACAUAUGUGUUACUUGGUUUGGAAUAGUUGAGUGGCUCCCAAAUUUUUUGAUCUACAUACAAAACGUGCUACCUGAUAAGGUAGGAAUCCAUCUCCUUAGCUCUGGCUGAGGAUGCCAGCAGUUAGGUCCUUUUAUCUCUAGAGAGGUAGAAAGGCCUUAUGCUCAGGGCAGGCUUUCAUUUCCACAGAUGAGAGACACUUGUAAAAGUGCCAGCAAGGUUAGAUCUUUUGCCACUUGUUUCAUUUUAUUGAUUUGGAUUUUUCAAGGGCUGUUUAAAAAAAAAAA